AUCACCGCUCGUUAAAGUACUACAUUCAGAGUGAUAGAAGUACAGAAAAAAUUCUGUACUCACAAAAGUGUGUAUUUUUAAAACAAUAAAAAAAAAGAAUUGUGUAUAAAAAUGUCUUGUAGAUUAUCAAAUUUAUUCCGACAACUAUAUAUUAAUUCACGAGGUGUUUCAACAUCCAGUUCACAUAUUAAUAAUCAUACAUCUCCCGCUGUAGUUUCGAUUUUACAAAAUUUAACAAAUUCAAAUUCAUCACUGUCAAAAGAAUUGGAUUUAAGAUUUUCGCCAAGAAACAUUGACUUAGGAUUUACAGUUCAAUCACCGCCAUUAUUACCACAAAUAAAUAUUAUCGAUAAGCCAAUAUCAAUAAAUCGUCAUAUAAUAGAACCCAUUGAAAUAAUUUAUAACAAAGAAGACAUAACUAGUGAAAAAUCAAUUGAUCUUCCAACUCAUGGUGAUAUUAUUGAGAAAUUUGCAGUGCGAAUGAUUGUUAUUCGUCGAAAAAAAAUGAAAAUUCAUAAACGUAAAAAAUUUCUCAGGCGAACAAAAAUUUUACGUCAAAAAUUAAAGAGUCGAAGAAUAGCGAAAAAGGAAAAAUAUUUGAAAGUUGAAAUCAAAUAUAUGAUUGGUAAGGCUGAAAUGUUUGAUGCAAAAAAAUAUGUCGAUGACAAAAUUGCUGAAUUAACACAAGAAAUUAUACCAACAACAUAUAGAGGACAAAUAUUGCCCGAGGCAACGAUUCGACAAUUUUUAGCGGCAGAUAAACAAAAAAAGGAGAAAAAAAGAAAUCGCAAACGUUUAACUUUGGACUAAAUUUUAUUGUCCAAAUAUAAUUGAACAAUAUUUUUCCUGUAUAUAAAUCUGUAAAUUUUUCAAAAAUGUGUUUUUACAUAUUGAAAUAAUUACAUUAGUUACUUUCAUUAAAAAAAAAAAGUGUCUUUAUUAUAUAAAUUGGAAAAAAAUAAUGCACGCGAUUAAUUAUAUUUAAUUGCUUCAUCAAUAUAAUUGACAUUAUAAUAUAUUCUUAAUUUUUACAUUAUAUUUAUAAAAUUAAAUAUUGCAAUAUAUAUAUAGUUAAAACAA